AUGGCACCAACUCUCGCUGUCGCUGCAGCCCUUCUGCUGCCUCUUGCCGCUGCUGUCCCCGUCGACAGAACCCUCCCCGGCCAGGUCCGCGACGAUGUUACCACCAUGAUCGUCGGUGGCACUGAGGCCUCUACCGGCGAGUUCCCCUACAUUGUCAGUCUGUCUGAGGGCGGCUCGCACUUCUGCGGUGGUGUCUUGAUCAACGCCAACACCGUUGCUACUGCUGGACACUGCUCCUACGGUACCAGCGCCUCUUCCGUGAGGGUUCGCGCUGGAAGCAACAGCCGCUCCUCGGGAGGAACUCAGGUCAGCGUUUCGUCGAUCCUCAUCCAUUCUGGAUUUGACUACGACACCUUGGACAACGAUAUCUCUCUCUGGAGGCUGUCCACCGCCAUCUCUGAGGGUACUAACAUCAAAUACGCUACUCUCCCAACCCAGGGCUCUGACCCCGCCGACGGAACUAUCCUUACCGUUGCUGGCUGGGGAACUACCAGCUCCGGCGGCUCCAGCCUGCCCACCAACCUGCGAAAGGUUUCUGUCCCCGUCAUCCAGCGAAGCGAGUGUGCCUCUGACUACUCUAGCCUCGGCUAUGAUGUCACUAGCAACAUGUUCUGCGCCGCUGAGGAUGCUGGUGGCAAGGACUCUUGCCAGGGUGACAGUGGUGGUCCCAUUGUCAACUCUGCUGCUGUCCUCCAGGGUCUCGUCUCCUGGGGUGUUGGCUGUGCUCAGGCCGCUUACCCCGGUGUUUACACCCGCGUUGGCAACUACAUCACCUGGAUCAACAGCAACAAGUGGUAA